GCUACGUCACAUCCGGCGUCGGGGCCCCAGGUUCCGGAAGAGGCUGCACCGUGGUGGCGGCUGUGUCUGCCUUGAUGUUUGGUGUCUUUGCUGCCGGAGCCACGGAAUACACGGCAGCAUCAUGGUCGAGGAGGUACAGAAGCAUUCUGUGCAUACCCUUGUGUUCAGGUCAUUGAAGAGGACCCAUGACAUGUUUGUAGCCGAUAAUGGAAAACCUGUGCCUUUGGAUGAAGAGAGUCACAAACGAAAAAUGGCAAUCAAGCUACGGAAUGAGUAUGGUCCUGUGUUGCACAUGCCUACUUUGAAAGAAAAUUAUAAAGAGAAGGGUCCUCAGAAUGCAUCAGAUUCAUAUGGUCAUAAACAAUAUCCUGCAAAUCAAGGACAAGAAGUUGAAUAUUUGGUGACCGGUACACAUCCCUAUCCACCAGGACCUGGGGUUGCUUUAACAGCAGAUACUAAGAUCCAAAGAAUGCCAAGUGAAUCAGCUGCACAGUCCUUAGCUGUAGCAUUACCUUCUUCUCAGGCCAGGGCUGAUGCAAAUCGUGCUGCACCUGCUGGAGGCUCUGACCGCUCACAGCCUGCAGGGAUGACUUUGGCUGUUAUGGAGGGUGGCAAUGCCAAGAACUCUGCACUCAUGGCAAAGAAGGCCCCGACAAUGCCAAAACCCCAGUGGCACCCGCCAUGGAAACUCUACAGGGUGAUCAGUGGGCAUCUUGGCUGGGUUCGAUGUAUUGCUGUGGAACCUGGAAAUCAGUGGUUUGUUACUGGAUCUGCUGACAGAACUAUAAAGAUCUGGGACUUGGCUAGUGGCAAAUUAAAACUGUCAUUAACUGGGCACAUUAGUACAGUUCGUGGUGUGAUAGUAAGUGCGAGGAGCCCAUACCUGUUUUCCUGUGGAGAAGACAAACAGGUCAAAUGCUGGGAUCUUGAAUAUAAUAAGGUUAUAAGGCACUAUCAUGGACAUCUGAGUGCAGUGUAUGGUUUGGAUUUGCACCCAACAAUUGAUGUGCUGGUAACCUGUAGUCGUGAUUCAACUGCACGGAUUUGGGAUGUGAGAACUAAAGCCAGUGUACAUACAUUAUCUGGACAUACAAAUGCAGUUGCUACAGUGAGGUGUCAAGCUGCAGAACCACAAAUUAUUACUGGAAGCCAUGACACUACAAUACGAUUAUGGGAUUUGGUGGCUGGAAAAACAAGAGUCACAUUAACAAAUCACAAAAAAUCAGUGAGAGCUGUGGUGUUACAUCCAAGACAUUACACAUUUGCAUCUGGUUCUCCAGAUAACAUAAAACAGUGGAAAUUCCCUGAUGGAAGUUUUAUUCAAAAUCUUUCUGGUCAUAAUGCUAUUAUUAACACAUUGACAGUAAAUUCUGAUGGAGUGCUCGUAUCUGGAGCUGACAAUGGAACCAUGCAUCUUUGGGAUUGGAGAACUGGCUACAAUUUCCAGAGAGUUCAUGCAGCUGUGCAGCCUGGGUCUUUGGACAGUGAAUCAGGAAUAUUUGCUUGUGCUUUUGAUCAGUCUGAAAGUCGGUUACUAACGGCUGAAGCUGAUAAAACCAUUAAAGUGUACAGAGAGGAUGAUACAGCGACAGAAGAAACUCAUCCAGUCAGCUGGAAACCAGAAAUUAUCAAGAGAAAGAGAUUUUAAUGUGACCUUGUCUUCAUGGCGUUUUGUUUUUUGUUUUUUGUUUUUUAUUUGCUUGGUGGAUAGCCACUCAUUUUGUGCUCUGGCUAGCAGAAACUCACAUGUUCAAAUCAUUGCUGCUUCAUAUUUUACAAUAAAAUGUACUGUCUUCCCCUC